CAGCUGUUGACCGCCGACGCUCAAAGCCAACUGCGCAUAACAAAGGCAAACCUUGUGCGAGAAAGUUGUCAGUGUCGAGGGGACGCGGAUCGCGAUUUGAUAGCGAAUUGGCAUUUAUGUGCUUCCAUUGGCGAAAACAGUUCAACGCGAGUGCCAUGCCAAAUCACAGCAAACAAUUCGGCUUUAAUCAUUCGACAAAAAACAAUUUGAAUACCUGAAAGACCAAUCCCCAUACCAGUUCAAACAACCGGCCACCCAAAAAAAGGAGAAUGAUUUUCUCCUCGACGCUGCUGUGCCAGGUGGAAAGGCUCAUGUGCAUGCCCAUUAGUUUUGCCGUGCUGGGCUUCCUCUUCAUGGCCUGCACCAUGGAGGUGGUCCUCCUCAAGCUAACCACAAGCAACCCGGUCUUUGGACGACCCGCCGACGACUGGGAGGAGGACAACGGCGACGAUCGCGAGGAACAGAUCUACUACGAGAAUCUGGAGAACAACUACGACCAGUGGGCACGCCGCAGAAUGCGAUUUAAUCAGCGACAGCAACAGUACAUGCAACAGCAACAACAGCAGCAGCAGCAACAGUUGCACACAUAAUGGACAUUGAUUUUAAUUAGAUUUAAUUAGAAACUUGGUUAGAUCGGGUAUACUGUGGACUGAAUCUAUAUAUAUAUUUUUCCUAUAAUGUAUUGCUUUUAAAAAUUAUUUAGUUUGCCAGCUACCGAAUGUGUAAUAUUUUCGCUUUCCGUUCAUCAUUAAAUUGUAUUUGUUUGUUUGUAAGCAAUUGCGAAAUUUGCCAUUUGAAUAGGUUUAACAGCGGAAUGAUUUUUGUGAUUAACGAUUGCGAGCACGUACAAGACACCUAGGAAUUCCCUUCUUUUUAAUCGGGUCUUGUGUAAGAACUGUAAGUGACUGACAUAAUCCGAGUGGCGACAAAAUGUCUCUUAGCUUUUAAGACGUGUGAUUAGCUCUAAGCUGCAAAUUGGUAUAUUUUAAGGCAUCUGAUGUACUCCCGGCUGGCAGGCCUGAGGGAGUUGAAUAAACUUGGCUAGAAAACAAA